AUGAAUAAAAGUGAAUACCUUCAAGCAAGGGCUGUUGCCAAAAGUUAUCAAAGCUCUUCAAAUCCUUCAACUUCUAGGGGCAAAACCGCUAAAAAACCUAAGCCAUGUGGUAAUGCACUUCACGGGAACAUGUACCAAAUAAAAUUACUCAUGCUCUUCCUAUGUCGAGGCACUUUUUUAAAUUAUGAUUUUAGAUUGGGUACAGAAGUAGAAGAAGCGGACAAAUUUGAUGAUCUUUUGUUUGAAUAUAAAAAGGGUGGUCAAAAGUAUUACAGACUUCUGCAAGCCAAACACCUGAAUAAAGAAGGUACGAAGAAAAUCACCUCACGUGAUUUGAUGGCGAAUAAAACAAAUGACUUUAGUCUAAUAAAAUAUUGCAAAUCUUAUCUCGAGUUAAAGAAAGAAAAAAUGUUUCAAGAUGGAGUGAUCAAAGAUGUCAUCAUCUGUACUAAUGUUUAUUUUGAUGUUAACAAUUUGAACCAAAACAAUAUAGAAAUCGAUGAAAUAAUAGGAGAGGAUGAACUAUUGAAAAUGGAGAGUAAUAAGUUACCCAAACGAUAUAGAUUUCGCAAAGAUAGCAUUGUUUCUUCAUUAAAAAGUAAACUAGAUUAUGAAAAAGCACCUUAUACUAACGAAGAAAUAGAAGAAUUUCUAGAUCAUUUAAUUUUUGCAGAAGAAGAAUUUGACAUGGAAACGACUGAAACGGUGUAUUACAAACUUCAAAAUUUAAUAACGGAUUUAGUGAAGGAUAGAGAAAGCAAUAAAUUUAUUUCAUGUGAAGAUUGCAAAUUUGUUUUUGAUGAAGCCAGAAAGGGUAUUUCGAUCCUGUUCGGUGUGCGAAAUCCUAUUAACUCUUUUACUGGAAGAACGGAAAUGUUGGUUACUUUGCACGAAUCACUUAGGAAAAAUAAGACAGUUUGCAUAAGUGGUCUUGGAGGAGUCGGAAAAACAGAAUUGACCAGAAAAUAUAUCAAAGAUCACAGCGAAACAUUUGAUAAUAAAAUUGUAUGGAUAAAUGCUGAGACAAAAGAGUCUCUUCAAGAUUCUUUUAAGAGAUUGGCAACUGAUAAACUCCGAAUUAAAAUCAAAACAAAUGAUAACAGCCCUAAGGAGAUUCGGACUAUAGUAGAGGAUGUAUACAACUUUUUCUCGCGCUAUAGAUGCCUAUUUGUUUUUGAUAAUGCCGAAAUAUACAAAGGAGACAACAAUGGUAUUGAGCAAUUUCUUCCUUCAAUUCCUGAAAAUUUAAAUACGCCUCAUAUUUUAAUAACUUCGCGCAACAAGAAAUGGCCAACAAAAAUUGAAAGAUUAGACUUGGAUGUAUUCACAGAAAAAGAAGCAUCAGAUUUUAUUCAAACGUCACUGGAGUUAGAUAAUAAUUCAGAAAUACAGAAUGCCAAAAAGUUAUCACAAAUGUUGCAAUAUUUGCCUUUGGCACUUCAACAAGCAGUUGCGUACAUAAAAAUGCACGAUUAUCUGAAGAAUAUCAAAGAACAAUUUACUGUUUUUGAUUAUUUGGAAAUAUUUGAAGAGAAGACAAAUGAACUGCUUGACUUUGAAUUUCCUGCAGAUAACGAGAAUACUUACUCUAAAACAGUUCUGGUGACUUGGAAUGCUUCAAUUUAUGCAAUAAAAAUGAAAGACAAUGGAAACAAGGCAAUAGAAGUUUUAGAUCUUUUAUCUUACAUGGGACCCGACAAUGUUCCGAUGCUUUUAUUUUUGCCAUUAUUCAAUGAUAAAAAUGAAUUAGGCAGCGCCAUUGAAUUGUUGAAACAGUUUUCGAUGAUAAAUUCACAUGAAGGAAAAGUCAAUGUCCACAGAUUGGUGCAGCAAGUGAUUAGAUCGAACUUACAAAAGGAUGAAAAAGAAGAAGAGGUUUUAAAACAAUGUUUGAAUUUAUUCGUAUCAAAGAUCCUGAAUUUUAAAAAUAUUGACCAUGCAUUUCUAGUUUGGAAUUAUUCUAAAAAGUAUAAGCAACUGGUCCAACAACAUUUUCAACUUGCAAUUUUAAUAGGAAAAGAAUUCAACAACUCCGGAAGAUAUCGAGAUGCCUUUACAACAUUGUGGUGUAUUAGGCGCAUGGAAAAUAUAACUCAUAGUGAUGUAGAAUUGAUUGAUAUUGAAGGUGGCAUGAUGGAAGCACUACUAAUGUUAUUAGAGUAUGAUAAAGUCAAAAAUAUUUUUCAAGAUUAUUUAAAUUUGCGUGAAGCUAAUUUGGGAUCAAAUCAUCUUCUUACGUUGCAUACUAAAAAGUGUUUGGGUAAAAUUUAUAAUCGUUCAGGUGAUGGUAGUGAAGGAUUAAAAUACUAUCUUCAAGUACUUGAUUCCCAUAGAAAAAAAUUGAGAGAUCGAGAAAGAAGUUUGGGAAAGCAUCAUUAUGAUACUCUACGUACUAGAAAGGACAUAGCUGACAUUUUAAUAGAAUGUGAAAAAUAUGACGAAGCUCUUCAAGAAUUUGAUAUUUUGAUUAAAAAUCAAGAAGAUGCUCUUGGCAAAAACCAUAUCGAUACCAUGCGUACUAUAGGUUGGAAGGGGGUUGCAUUGUACAAAAAAGGCGAUCAUGAUGCGGCUCUUAAUGUACUUCUAAAUUUACUUCUAAAGCAGAUGGAAGUAUUGGGUAAAGUAGAUGGCGAUACUAUAGACACCAGGCAACAUAUUGCUUAUGUUUUGGGAAAGAAAGAAAACUUAGUCGAAGCACUGGAAUGUCGCAGAGGAUUGCUUACAGAUCUAGAAAGGAAAUUAGGGAAACAUCAUCCUGAUACUCUGCGCACUAGAGAUAAUAUAGCAUACAUUUUGAUAAAUUUAGAAAAAUAUGACAAAGCCCUACAAGAAUUAGAUGUUUUGAUCCCACUUCUAGGAACAGUUCUUGGUGAAAAGCAUGGUGACACUAUGCGUUCUACAGUUUUAAGAGGUGUAGCAUUGUACAAAAAGGGCGAUUAUGAUGCGGCUCUUGGUGUACUUCUAAAUUUACUUCUAAAGCAGAUGGAAGUGUUGGGUAAAGUAGAUGGCGAUACUAUAGACACCAGGCGACAUAUUGCUUAUGUUUUGGGUAAGAAAGAAAAGUUAGUCGAAGCACUGGAAUGUCGCAGAGGAUUGCUUACAGAUCUAGGAAGGAAAUUAGGGAAACAUCAUCCUGAUACUCUGCGCACUAGAAAUAAUAUAGCAUACAUUUUGAUAAAUUUAGAGAAAUAUGACGAAGCCCUACAAGAAUUAGAUGUUUUGAUCCCACUUCAAGAAACUGUUCUUGGUGAAAAGCAUGGUGGCACUAUGCAUUCUACAGUUUUAAGAGGUGUAGCAUUGUACAAAAAGGGCGAUUAUGAUGCGGCUCUUGGUGUACUUUUAAAGCAGAAGGAAGUGUUGGGUAAAGUAGAUGGCGAUACUACAGACAUCAGGCUCCAUAUUGCUAAUGUUUUGGGAAAGAAAGAAAAAAAGGAAGUUGGUUUAGAAAAAUAUGAUGAAGCCCUACAAGAACUUGAUGUUUUGAUCCCACUUCAAGAAACAGUUCUUGGUGAAAAGCAUGUUGACACUAUGCGUUCUACAGUUUUAAGAGGUGAAGCAUUGUACAAAAAAGGGGAUUAUGAUGCGGCUCUUGAUAUACUUCAAAAUUUACUUCCAAAGCAGGUGGAAGUGUUGGGUGAAGUACAUGAUGAUACUAUAUCCACCAGGCGCCAUAUUGCUUAUGUUUUGGAAAAGAAAGAAAAGUUAGUCGAAGCACUGGAAUGUCACAGAGGAUUGCUUACAGAUCUAGAAAGGAAGUUUGAGAAACAUCAUCCUGAUACUUUGCGCACUAGAGAUAAUAUAGCAUACGAGUAUAUUUUAAUAAAUUUAGAAAAAUAUGACGAAGCCCUACAAGAAUUUGAUGUUUUGAUCCCACUUCAAGGAACAGUUCUUGGUGAAAAGCAUGGUGACACUGUGCAUUCUACAGUUUUAAGAGGUGUAGCUUUGUACAAAAAGGGCAAUUAUGAUGCGGCACUUGAUUUACUUCUAAAGCAGAUUGAAGUGUUGGGUGAAGUAGAUGGCGAUACUAUAGACACCAGGCUCCAUAUUGCUUAUGUUUUGGGGAAGAAAGGAAAGUUAGUCGAAGCACUGGAAUGUCACAGAGGAUUGCUUACAGAUCUAGAAAGGAAAUUGGGGAAACGUCAUCCUGAUACUCUGCGCACUAGAAAUAAUAUAGCAUACACUUUAAAAUAUUUGGAAAAAUAUGAUGAAGCCCUACAAGAAUUUGAUGUUUUGAUCCCACUUCAAGAAACAGUUCUUGGUGAAAAGCAUGGUGACACUAUGCGUUCUACAGUUUUAAGAGGUGUAGCAUUGUACGAAAAAGGCGAUUAUGAUGCAGCUCUUGAUGUACUUCAAAAUUUACUUCCAAAGCAGGUGGAAGUGUUGGGUGAAGUACAUGAUGAUACUAUAUCCACCAGGCGCCAUAUUGCUUGUGUUUUGAGAAAGAAAGGAAAAUUAGUCGAAGCACUGGAAUGUUACAGAGGAUUGCUUACAGAUCUAGAAAGGAAAUUGGGGAAACAUCAUCCUGAUACUCUGCGCAUUAGAAAUAAUAUAGCAUACAUUUUAAUAGGUUUAGAAAAAUAUGAUGAAGCCCUACAAGAAUUUGAUGUUUUGAUCCCACUUCAAGGAACAGUUCUUGGUGAAAAGCAUGGUGACACUAUGCAUUCUACAGUUUUAAGAGGUGUAGCAUUGUACAAAAAGGGCAAUUAUGAUGCGGCUCUUAAUGUACUUCAAAAUUUACUUUCAAAGCAGAUAGAAGUGUUGGGUGAAGUAGAUGGCCUUACUAUAGACACCAGAAACCAUAUUGCUUAUUCUUUGGAAAUGAAAAAAAAGUUAACCUAA